UGAACCGUGUCCUCGUGUGACCCGAGCAGACCGGAAAUGCUGUAACACACACACAUCUCCUGGACCAGAGUCUCUCUCUGUCCGGAGCCGACACACCGACACACACCGCCCUGCAGACAGAGAGGGACAAUACUCUGCUAAAUAUACAUGUGGUGUCUCAGACCUCGGCGGUCCUGUCAUGCUCUCCUCUCUCCCAGCGCCUGCGCUAGUUCACUGCAGCUGACGUCACACCCAGCAUGGCGGUCAAGGUGCAAUCAACAAAAAGAGCUGACCCACAUGACUUGAAGACUAUUUUCUUGAAGUAUGCCAGUGUGGUGGAGGAUGGAGAGCGUUACAUGACCCCCGGGGACUUUGUGCAGAGUUACCUGGGUCUGCAUGCACAGCCUCAGCAUAAUCCCAAAACAGUGGCGCUGAUAGCUGGAGUGGCUGACACUACUAAAGAUGGACUGAUCUCUUUCCAGGAGUUUCUGGCCUUUGAAUCAGUUCUGUGUGCCCCGGAUGCCCUGUUCAUAGUUGCCUUUCAGUUGUUUGACAAGACCGGCACAGGGAACAUCUCAUUUGAGAAUGUACGCGACAUCUUCAGCCAGACCACAGUUCAUCACCACAUCCCCUUCAACUGGGAGUGUGAGUUCAUCAGGCUACACUUUGGCCAUGGAAGGAACAAGAAUCUCAGCUACACAGAGUUCACCCAGUUUCUGCAGGAGCUGCAGUUGGAGCAUGCCCGCCAGGCGUUUGCACAAAAGGACAAGAACAAAAGUGGCACCAUCACUGCCUUGGACUUCAGCGACAUCAUGGCCACCAUCAGACACCACAUGCUGACUCCAUUUGUAGAGGAGAACCUGGUUUCAGUUGCAGGAGGCAGCACCUCCCACAUGGUGAGCUUCUCCUACUUCAAUGCCUUCAAUGCCCUCCUCAACAACAUGGAGCUGGUCCGCAAGAUUUACAGCACCCUCGCCGGCACUUACAGAGACACGCUCGUUACCAAAGAGGAGUUUGUUCAUGCUGCAAAUAAGUUUGGUCAAAUCACUCCGAUGGAGAUCGACAUCCUGUACCAACUCGUUGGUCUCCACUCUCACUCCGGGCGGCUGAACCAUGCAGACAUUGAGAGGAUAGCCCCGUUGGAGGAAGGAGCCAUGCCAUACCACCUAGCAGAGGCCCAGAAACAGCACGCUCACGAAACGUCUCGGCCCGUCUGGCUCCAGGCUGCAGAGUCUGCCUACAGGUUCGGUCUGGGCUCAAUCGCUGGAGCGACCGGUGCCACGGCUGUGUACCCCAUCGACCUGGUGAAGACGCGCAUGCAGAACCAACGCUCCACGAGCUCCUUCGUAGGAGAGCUGAUGUACAAGAAUAGCUUCGACUGUGCGAAGAAAGUGCUCCGUUACGAGGGCUUCUUCGGAUUCUACAGAGGUCUGCUCCCGCAGCUCAUCGGCGUCGCCCCGGAGAAAGCUAUCAAACUCACGGUGAAUGAUUUUGUCAGGGACAAGUUCACCACAGACGAUAAUGCCAUCGUUCUGCCUGCAGAGAUUCUCGCUGGUGGAUGUGCCGGAGCUUCCCAGGUGAUUUUCACCAAUCCUCUGGAGAUCGUUAAGAUCCGUCUGCAGGUGGCUGGAGAGAUCACCACAGGCCCCAAGGUCAAAGCCCUCAGUGUUGUGAGGGACCUGGGCUUCUUUGGCCUCUACAAGGGAGCCAAAGCGUGCUUCCUGCGCGACAUCCCCUUCUCCGCCAUCUACUUUCCUGUUUAUGCCCACACCAAGGCGAAACUGGCGGAUGAGGACGGAAGCCUGGGGGCGCUACAGCUGCUCACUGCUGGAGCUAUUGCAGGUAUACCGGCGGCUUCGCUGGUGACCCCUGCUGAUGUCAUCAAGACCAGGCUCCAGGUGGCGGCCCGAGCCGGCCAGACGUCAUACAGCGGAGUUAUCGACUGCUUUAGGAAGAUCCUCAAGGAGGAAGGGUUCAGGGCGUUUUGGAAGGGCGCGGGAGCUCGCGUGUGCAGAUCAUCACCGCAGUUUGGUGUGACCCUGGUGACCUAUGAACUGUUACAGAGGUGGUUGUACGUUGACUUCGGAGGACAUCGUCCUGCCGGCUCGGAGCCCAGUCCCGUACCCACCAUGAAGGACCUACCCUCUGUGACCGCAGACCAUGUAGGCGGCUACCAUCUGGCUGCCGCAACCUUCGCCGGCGUGGAGAGAAAGUUUGGUCUGCACCUGCCCAAGUUCAAGCCUUCUGAAGAGCCGACAAUCAAACCAGCGGAGGCUUCAUAAAGCUGCAUGCUCCAGAACGGUUUUAUUGAGCCACGUUUAUCUUAAACACAUCUGAGCGGUUGUCUUACUUUAAAUGCUGCAUGGGUAUGGCUUUAUUGCGUUUUUCUUUUACAUAGCUUGCACAACUUUAUUGUACAUAUUGUACUUCUCUACAGAGGGACAUUAUGGGCAUGACGAAGGAUUGUAACUGCGUUUUCUGAGUGUGCAAUAGCUUUGGUGUGCAUGUGUGAAGUUAAAAACUUCAGAGACACAAGGAUGUACAGAUGUUUUCAAAAGUGUAUAUUUUGAAAUCAUGACCAGGCACUCUGGAAAUAAUUUAAAUGUAUUUAUUGUAUUUUAUUGAAAUAAAUCAUUCAAAGUG